AUUUAGCUAUUUUAAAAUAGCUAAAUUUUAGCUACUUUUUUUUCAAUUGACAAAGAAGGAUGUCUAAUCAAAGACAAUCGCUGAUUUUUUCUCUGUUGUUUAUCUGCUUUUUCAGGGAGAGUUUCUGCAUUUGUGAUGGAACUAUCUGGACAAAGGUUGGAUGGGAGAUUCUUCCAGAAGAAGUACAUUAUUGGAAAGUUACGGGUUCUCCAUCUCACCAUCUGCCUUAUCUUCUGGAUAAACUAUGCUGCCACUUUGCUAACAUGGAUAUAUUUCAGGGUUGUUUAUAUCUCAUUUAUAAUUUAUUACAAGCUGUCUUUUUCAUCUUAUUUUUUUUGUCUGUGCAUUACCUGUGGACGAAAUGGAAGAAACACCAAAAAAAGCUGAAAAACCAAGCCUCCUUAGAAAAACCUGGUAAUGAUCUAGACAGCCCAUUCAUCAACAACAUUGACCAAACACUCCAUGGAGUGGCAACCACAUCAUCAGUGAUAUACAAGAUCUUGGGGUACCAUCCUUCCUCUAAGAAAAUUAAGCACUGCAAAUUAAAGAAGAGUAAAGAAGAAGGAGCCAGAAGAUACUAAAUAUAUGCAUAUCCAAAUGUAGCUUAGUCAAAUAUAGAGAUCACAAAAGAAAUCUAUCAUCUAAGGAUAAAAAUGGUUCUUUGGAAACCUUUA